UAGAGAUUGUGUUGAGAUCGUGUAGAGAUCGUGUGAAGGACGUGGUGACAUCGUUAAAACUCGCGGCAAAACCAUGAGAAAACGGGAUCAAUCCAUCGCGGUGACGCUGAUGAUUUUUAUCAUCACAAUUCGCUACGUUGGAAUAAGCUCGGCGUCCGGACCAGACUUGGACACUACGAAUCAUGCCGGCGACAACAGGGACGUAUCGAGCAACUCCUCUCUGCAGAACUGUUCCUCUGUGAGUCACAACACAUCCACGUCUACCAACAACAGCUCUGCAAUCGAACACAACAUCACGCUACCAAGGGUCUACGAAUCACUGAAGAACGACUCAACAUCGUCCAGCUUUGAUUACGAGAAGUACGCUUCUGUCGAAGCUAUAUCGGUGUUAGGCGUUGCCGUGGGCCUUGGUGUCUGGUCAGUGGUGGCGAACAGUCUGCCGCUGGCUGCUAUCAUCAAGCAAGAGCAGCUCCACACGCCCGCCUACAUCCUCAUGGCUAACCUGGCCGCAAGCGACGUCCUGACCGGGUUUACUUUCAUGUUCGUUGGUAGCUCGGUCUUGUACCACAACCUCAUGGGGACCAGUACCCCAAUGAUGACCUCCCGUCUCCGCUUCAGUGCGCUCCUGCUCUCGGGACUGUCCUCCGCUUACGGUCUGAUGGCGCUAACGGCUGAACGCUACUGGUUCAUCGUUCACGGGAUGACCUACGUCAACAACGUCACCAACGACAAGUGCAAGGUCAUGAUUGUCCUCGUGUGGGUGUGGUCAGCGCUGCUGGGGAUGCUGCCGUACUUUGACUGGAACUGCGCGGGACUUUUCAGCGAAGGGUGCCUACCGUUAGGCGGGGGGUUGUCGUACGGCUACGUGGUCGCGGUCCUGGUGUUUGUCUUCAUCCCGAUGGCGGCAAUCAUCCUCCUCAACAUGGGCGUGCUGUGGUGCCUGUGGAAGCAGGUGAACGCCAUCGCUGCACAAGAAGCCGCGGUGGGAGCCGAGCCCAGCACCAGCCGGAAGUCCGCCUUCACCGUCGUGCUCAUCACCGUGGUGUUCCUGGUGGGGUGGUUGCCGCUCUUCUCCCGGAUGGCCAUGCUGACUACGGACGUCGGCUCGCUGCACGAAACCAAAGUCUUCGUGGUGCUGAACUCGGCUAUCAACCCCGUGGUGUACGGGUUCAGGCUCCGGGAGGUUCGCCGCGGCGUGAGGAGGCUCUUCCGAUGCGGUGGAGGAAACGCGAAUCUGCCGGUUAACUAA